GGCGUUUCACCCCUAAUCCUCCAACGGCGUUACUCAAUCUGGAAACCCAUAACUUCUGAUACUUUCCCAACAACUCAAUUCCACCCAUAUAUUACAAUAAAUGAAUCUUCGCCAUUAACCGCUGAGUAUUAAAAAGUUAACCGUGUGCUCAGGAAAUGACGGAUAGUAUUUUUUCGAUGAAGUGAUGCGUAAGUCUGAGAUAAUAACAUCAAAAUACCUGGGGUAAAUGAGAGUUGAUAAAUCGAAUGGACUUGGUACAAUAAUCGUUUAUUCAGUCGAGAUUUGUUGGGAAGCGCGACUAUAUUUGUUGGAAUGGAUAAGCUAUUUUUCAGUUGUCAUUCGUGAUUCAACAUUUGACGCCAUUUUAAUUCGUGUGCCCCCUUUGGGGCAUGAAAAAAAGGCCAACACUCUUUUGACAAUUAUAUGUGUGAGUGCACAGAACGAUCGCCAUAGCCUCAUAAUUUUGUAUCGCAAGUUGGCGUCGUGAGUCAAGAUGUCCGGAUAUUGAGUGAGGGUACCGCGUUAUUAUUUUUUUUUUUUCUCAAGAGCAUCACAGAGCAUUCAGGAUUCAGGGAUUCCCAAUGGCCCAGUGAGUAAUGGGUGUUUGAUUCUCCUGGUGAAGAUCCAGUGAUAUUUUGAAGGAAAAACAAAAGGACGCUGGAAUCAGGCGUGGGAUAAAAUGUCGAGUGACAGUGAGGAUCUGUCAAGGCCAUCGAAAAGACGCCGAUGCAUCAUUGAAGAUAGUAGCGAUAACACUGAUGAAUCCGUUGUGAUUGGAAGCAACCGAAAACGUAGAGUGUUCAAAGUAGUUAGUGAUGUUAACAGUAGUGACGAUGACAGUGAUGUGUCGAGGCCUGUGAGGAGGAAAAAUGGUACAGCUAAAAUUAUUGUCAGCGAGGAUGAAUCCGCCAGUGAUAGUGAAGACGCUGGAUCAUUGCAACUGGAGAGUGACGAGGCAUGGGAGUCCGAUUGGCUGAGUACAGAUUCGUCUGACGGGGAGGAAGUUCUUCCGAAAAAAUCGAGAGUUACCCCGAAGAAGCUGGAGAUAUUAUCCUCGCCGCAAUCCCCCAAGCAGAAUCACUCAGACUCAGAGGAGAGUGAUGGACAAACGGAGAAGUGUCCAAUAUGUCUUCUACCAUUCAAGAAACAACAAGUUGCAACGCCAGCUACAUGCGACCAUUGUUUCUGUCUAUUAUGCCUCACUGAAUGGAGUAAAAAUGUCAAUACAUGUCCCGUCGAUCGCCAGCCAUUUACCUACAUCAAUGUCCGAUUCCAUCUCAAUGGCAAAAUUGUUCAGAAAAUUCCAGUAGAGCCAAAAAAGCCAUCAGAGGAGCACAUCCAAGAAGACCCGACAUUCUGCGAAGUGUGUCGUGAAUGCGAUCGUGAAGAUCGUAUGCUACUCUGCGACGGUUGUGAUCUUGGCUUCCACCUGGAGUGUUUGAAUCCCCCGAUGGAUCGAGUGCCCAUGGAGGAGUGGUACUGUCCGACAUGCGUUGAGACCAAUCCAAAUCUCGCUGAAUCCAUAGAUAUGGACAUGGACGAGUUGCAAGAUCUGAUUGCUGAGGCUCGAUGCCUCGGCACAACGUACGGUCGGACACGUUCAGGUGUCCCCCAGGAAUUCUCCCAUCCCCUAUCCACCCCAAGUUCAUCAAACAUACGUAGAAUUCCACGUACACGUCAAACAGAACGAGUGAGAGCCAACAUUCGUGCCGAUCGUCGUAGACAACAGAGCAUUCGUCAUUUUGAUCCAGAUCAGCCCUCGACAUCAUCUGGAAUUGAAUCCAUUUACGACAGCAAUAGUCGUAAUGAUUUUUUCGCCUCUGUCAUUCAACGUGUGAGUGCUGCCAUGUCCAGGAAUGGAAAGGGCAAAGCAAAGAGCAAAUUAUCUGCCAAGAAGCCUCGCAGGAGGAAAACCACUAGGAAAACGUCAAAAGCCAGUGGUAAUUCAGAAGUUCGUGAAGUUCGUAUUCGUGAGAUUAAUGACGCUGGCGAGGAGAAGGAAAUAGUGACUUAUGUCAAAGUGAAGACAUCCUCAGCCAAGAGGAAGACCAAGCGUACUAAAAGAACGCGCAAGAAGUUAAAACGUAAAACAACAAAACGACGUGCAUUAUCCUCCCUAUAUGGUAAGGGUGUGAAAAAAAGGCUUGCUAUGACAUUGGGGAUGGUUAAGGGAAGGGCCAAAAUACCGAAUGUUGCUGAACCAGUCGUUCAUAAUCAGGGAACCGUGAGGAAUGCUGUUGAUCUCACGAAUGCCAGAUUUCGUGCUGGAAUAUCACAAGUUAGCUUGUUUGGAAAUAAUUUGGGGCUUGAUUACAGUCCGCCUGGGUCUGACGACGAGACGAUGCUCGAUUCACCUGGCCUGACUCUGGGCUCGAUAGUAGGAAUUCAACGUCGUAAUGUGACAAUUUCAUCGACAAGAAGACGACUAGCUCUCAAGGGAAUGCUUCUGGAGCCCAGAGAAGCUCCAUCUCCUCAGCAGAUACAGUCACCGAUGGAUCUUCUGGACAGCAUCAUGGGAAGUCAGAAAUUGUGGCACUCCAAGUCCAAUAAAAUCACACUCAAGGCCAAUGGGACUCUUCUGCUACCAUCAGAUAACGAUGAAAAUUGCAAUGGCAAUAACUCUCACAAAAGCAUCACCAAACCACUGGGCGAUAAUUCUGAUAUGAUUAUCGAUAAAAAAAUAGGACAGCCACUUGAUCUCUCCUCUGUGAGCUCGGAGGACAUCACUCAGGCCCCAAUGUACAAUGGAUCACGAGGGGGUGGAGGUGGAGGCCCUAGAGGUGGUGGAGGUGGUGGAGGUGGCAGAGGAGGUAAUUAUCACGGUGGAAGGGACUCAUACUCUUACUCCGGUGGCAGACACAACUACAAUGCGAGGGGUGCUGGAAUGUCACCACGUGGUGGAUUUCUCCAUCGUGAACGCGGACAAUCACCAGGAAUGCCUGAUUUUUCUCCAAAUUUUGAUAAUCGCAUCAAUCACAAUUUCAACUCGUCCUUUCGAUUUCGCAAUUCACCGAAUUUUCGAAAUGACAAUAGACCACGUAUGCCAAUGAUGCCAAAUAUACCGAGACCACCGAAUCACAUGUUCAGAGGACCCAGUGACAAUAUUAAUCCUAUUUUUCCAAUUAUUCAGCCGAAUUUUCCCCCACCGAUGCUAUCACAGCCACCGCCGCCACCACCGCCACCACCUCCUCCACCUCCUGAUUGUCCUGCUACUUGUUCAUUACCUCGUGAGAAUUACUCUGGGGAUAUUCAGCAAAAUAAAUCAAAUGUUCCUGGCGAAUCCUCGUCAGCGGGAGAGAAUAGAAUUGAUAAAAUUGAGAGUGAAUGUGGACUUGAUACAGUGGAGUCUUCAGGGAUCGAGGGUGGGGCUGAGACUCAGGGGAAUGAAGAGGAUUGUGAUAUCUAUGCGGAUAUCGAGGCUAGGGAUGACAGGAAGAAUCAGAGGGCCGAGUCAUCUGAGAAUAAAGAGGAGAGGGACUGCACAAUGUCAGUGCUUCUUCCACCACCUGAGCCACCCUCUCAGCUACUUUUAGACCUUGAAGAGAAUCUCAAGUCUGACAGUUACGAGACCAACAGCAGGGAAUCGGAUAAUGAGGACCUGGUGAUUGAUGACUCGCAUAAAGAGCCGGAGAGAGAGAUCAAGGAGGUGGAGAAGGAUGAGAAUGCAGAGACGAGUGAGCAGAAAUUUUUCGACAAGUACGAUCCCUUUCAGGACGCUGACUCGGAUGAGGAGUCUCAGGCUGAUUGUCCAAAUUUCUCCAUCUACUCUUCGGAGACGAUGGAUGUCGCCAGACGUGCCGAGGAGCAAUUGUCGCAGGAGAUUGAUAUUGGACCACUGGAACCACCACCACUACCACCAGAUAUCCCUGAUGAUGACACCAGUCCUUACCCUGUGCCCGAUGCUCCAGAGGAGCCAGAAUCAGCACCUCUUCCUCAGGAAUCACCUGUUGAGAGGGUAAAUACACCAGACAUCCCAGAGCCUGCACCGAGUUUCGAUCCCUAUGUCGAAUCACUGAGGAAAGAGCGACAACACUUGAGCAAAAUUCCAUCUAAAAAAAUAUCCACCGAUUCGAGGGGAAAAAUCACUUUCAAAAUUGGAAAUAAGAGUAAAGUGAUGAAUAAAUUGAGCUCUCUUUACGAUGAAAUAGAUGACAAUAUUGAGACGAUGAUUGAGCAGGAAAGGGAACUCGAAACUUCAGUUACUGAACACGACAUUCAAAUCGAUGAGACGAUCGAAGAAGUUUCCAACAAAAAAGUCGAAGAAUCGAUUGAUCAAGAAGUUGAAGAGAUCCCCCAAAAAAUCCCGGAAUUACCUGAAGAGAAAGCGCUCCAGGAGGAUGAGGAGGAUGAAGAGGACGAGGAAAAACAGUCUGAUAAAAAGACCGACGACAAAUCCGACGAUGAGGAUUUAGAAACAAGUCAGCCUCUUGAUCCUGAAGAAGAUCCUGACAAACAGAAUGAUUCGAUAUCGAGUGGGGGCAGUGAUCGAGGUGGUACUCCCCCAAUUGUCCACAAUAAAGAUAAACACAGUGGUGGCGUCAGUGAGAGCAGUGAUGUAAUAAACGAGGACGAGAGCAUCCUGAGCCAAGACUUUCAGCUGGAGAAAGACGACAAUCCAAAUAGAGAGGGUGAGGAGGACAAGAAUUUAUCAAACGAGGUGAAGUCCUCGGUGGAGGACAAUCUGGAGGGCUGGUACUCUGACGGGGCAUACACCCCCUGCAAGGACGAGAAUCCAGUGAUAGACAAGGAGACGGUGAAGUCUCAAUUCGAGAGUGGAUUAGAGCCGAUAACUCCACCUCCUAAGGAUACCGAUGAUUUGGAUCGAUGCAGAACACCAAUUGGUUACGCCGGUCUGGGGACAGAGGCCAUUUCAGAGACUGACGAGCCCAUCAGCUUCGAGGACGAUCCAUCGGCGAUGUUAUCACCAAGGAAUCGCAAGGAUAAGGAAAUCGAGGACGGAGAGAUCACCAUGGACGAGGGUAGACCCAAGAAGAAGAGGAUGGAUUUUCACUCAGACAAAGAGGAGGAUGGAAAGAGGAGAAAAGACAGGCGGGAUAAAUCGGAGAGCAAUAAGGAAGCUGAUAAGAAUAAGGAGAAUACUUCUGAUAAUAAUCAGGUGUCCUGGAAAAAAUUAUCAAAGAGUACGAAGGAGCGACAGUAUCGGGAGAAGAUGAAGAGACGAUCGCCGUCCAAGGAGAGACAUCGAGAGAGAAAUCGUAAUAGAGAUCGGGAGAGGGACAGGGAUUAUGAUAAGGACAAGAGUGGAAAGAAGAGGAAAUCGAAGGAGCGAGGCGCUCUGGGAUUUGGUGGUAAAGAGACGAGGAAGAAGGAGAAGAGGAAGGAGUUGGCGAGGUACGAUGUGAGGAAAAUAGUGGCGGAGAAACCAGUGAGGCCGAAAAAGGAUGAGUAUGGGCGAGACAUUAGGGCUUCCUCGAGGAGUAGAUCGAGGGGGCGGAGUUUGGGGCGGGGAAAGAGUCACUCGUACUCACCAGCCAGAAGGUCAUGGCCCAGGCGUUUGUCAAGGUCGUGGUCCAAUCACCGGAGAAGAUCCUUGUCUCGGGGCUCUAGAGUGUCAUCACGCUACUCGAGAUCGAGAUCGAGGUCCAGGUCCAGAUCAAUUCGUCACUCUCGAUCUCGAUCUAACACACGCUCACGAUCUCGAUCUCACUCACGACCCCGCACUCAAUCGAGAUCACGAUCACGCCGAAAAUCACCGGUUGUCAAUGCACGAAGACGAUCGUUGUCCAAGAAACGAUCGAGAUCGGCUUCACCGAGUCGUGGCAGAAGAUCGUUGUCCAAUCGACGAGCGAGGAAAAAUCACGUGAAGAGAUUGCCCUCGAGGAAACGCAAGUCGAGAUCGAGAUCCCGAAAAAAGGAAAAAGUUAAGAAGCACAAGUCAAGGAGUCGAUCCAGGCGGCGAAAACGAUCCUGGAGUAAGAGCCCCCUGCCUGUCGUUCGAAGGGAAAAGGCAAAGAAGAGAUUAAAGAGGAAAAUUGUUGUGGGAAAGUCGAGAUCUAGGGAGAGAUCUACAUCGAGAAAUUGGGAGGGAAUUAAUGUGUCUCGAUCAAUCGAUCGUGGGUAUCCGAUAAGGGCAUCGAAUUUACCAGCACCGAUGACCCUGUUGUCAACGGGAAUGCAUGAAACAGAUCAGAUGAAUCAUCCGUCGCAGAAUCAGUCGUCGUGGAGUGGAGCCCAGUGGACCCCUUCGUGGUCACGAUCCAAGACGAAAUCGAGAUCGAGAUCGAGAUCGAGAUCGAAUGGUCCUGGACUUGAGCCAGUUCCACCAAAAAAUCUCACUGUUAUUUUGACGAAUAAAGAGGCUAUUAAGAAGAAGAGGAGAGAGAAACGAUUGAAGGAAGGGAGAAAACGAAGAGAUGAUCCCGAUAGAAUAAAGAAAAGGGACAAAAGAAAUCGUACACCUCCACCCUCCAAGGAAGUUUUCGCAAGUGGUGAUAAUAUUUUGGUCAGUGUUUGUUUCAAUAAUGACAAUGUCAACGAUAUCGGUUCGAUCGGUGGUGAUAAAGUUCCAAUGGCUGUACCCAAUGGUGACAGCAUCAGUAAUCAGCUUGCUGAUACAAUAGCCCUUCUGACGAGCAAAAAAAGAAAACGAAGAAAUUAUCGAGAAGUUGGAAUCACACCGAUGGGUGCUCUCACCAAAGAGCCUCCUUCGAAGAAACCAAAGAAGGACAAAUCCAAAGAUAAACGGGCUAAAUCACCAGAGCCUAAAUUACGGGCUCGAAGGGAAAAGAAGAAGAAAUCAAAAGCCGCCGAGAUUGCUGCCAGCAAAAAACCAGUGGCUGUUAUUGAUCUCGAUCAGUCGCCAUUCAGGGAACAAACACCAUCUCCUAAGGAUAUUAUUGUUCUCAGCGAUGAUGACGAUAACGACUCCAAUCAGCUCCAGCAGCAGUUGCAGCAGCUGCAGAAUGCCAUAGCUCCUGGAAUAUUGCAUCAACAGCAGCAGCAAAAAUCAUCCGACACGCGACACGACGAGGAGGGACAGCAGCAGGAGAACGAGGAUGACAAUUUAGCAUCGCAGAGGGAUGAAUUCGUUGGUCCAAAGACACCACCGGAGCCUCAGAUCAAAUUCUCCAUAAAUAAACAGUCCAGUAAUUUGAGGCCCAGCAUGAUAAAUCCCCUGAUGGAUGAGGAGGAAGAAGAUGAAGAUGACGAUGGAGAUAAUGAUGAUGCUGAUGAUGAUGCCGAUGACGACGAGAGCACAAAUGUGCAGCAUCAAAAGAGCAGCGAUGAAAAAUGUGGGAAGAAUGAUGCCAAGUUAAUCAAUGAUUUAGCAGCUGAAUUACUCAACUCCAACGAUCAAUCACGUGAUGAGGAGCACAAGGCUAAUGAUAAUAAUAUCAUAAUCGUUGGAGACAGUAAUGAAGAGGAGUUGGACGAUCUCGAAGCCUUGGAGAUACUAGAAAUGAACGAGAGAACCCUCUCUCAGCAGACUGAUAAUGCCAAUCAGGUGGAGAUGGAACACGAUCGUUCAGAGGAGAGGAGAAAUCAGGAUGAACUCGAGAUGAGAUUAAAAAUUGGACCCAAUACACCACCAGAACCACCCACAUCACCACCAACCUCACCGGAUGCUUAUGAUCCCUUUGAUCCCACCAAAUCACGAUCACCAACACCUACAGCCUCCCAAGAGACAUCGAUAGGUAUCGAUUCAGGAUUGACGUCCAAUGAUUCGUUGAAGUUGUCCCAGGGAAAAGAGAAUUUCUCGAAUGAGAAACGAGAAGUUGUGGAGAAACCCAAAAUCAUAUCCAUGAUCACUAUCAAGAGGGCGUCGUCUCCGUCGACAACUGGGAAUAUCAAUCUGGAUAAGUCCGAGGACAAGAGUAAAGGCAGCAGUGGCAUUUCUACGAGCAUUGGAAAUCCUUUCACGACCAUUAAUCCGGUGCUGGCGACGGUUACAGCGACUGUUAAUCGAAUCGGUUUUCAGAGAAAUCUUUCCAAUGCACAGAUCAAACAGCGUACCACGGGAGCUGCCAAUCAGGUCUCCAAUCUAUUUAUGAAUUCUGUCAAAGGGAUGACUCUCAGGGGAUCUAAAGUUAAUGCUGUAUCUAACAAGCAGAAUGGCAAUGAAGGGGCUGAGGGUGAUGCAGCUGCUGCUGGACUUGCACAGGAUUUUUCAUCACCCUAUUCACCAGGUUCCAGUCUCAGUGACGGAAUUUUUGAUCCACCACCUCAUCAUCACGGACACGCCACCAGUCCUUCGGCAAAUUUGUCUGGGAAUCACGGUGGCAAGGCAAAGGCUAAGAGUGCCAAGGGGGACAGUAAAAAGGAUGCGUUUGAUGCGUUGUUUGGAGCAUCUCCAAUUGUCAAGAGUGGAAAGAACAGGGGGAAGAAAGCCACUGAUAAGAGGAAACGAACCACUAAUUCUAAAGUUGGUGUCAAGCUCGAUGAGGAGAAUGAACUUCGAAUUCUUGAUGAUUUACCCAGCUCUGCUGUGGAAAUGCAAGUGAAGGAUAAAUUCUUGAAGAAGUUGAAUAGGCAGGAGAGAGUUGUCGAAGAGGUUAAACUUGUCUUGAAACCUCAUUAUACCAAGAAACAUGUGACGAAGGAGGAGUACAAGGACAUUAUGAGAAAAGCUGUGCCCAAAAUUUGUCACAACAAAACUGGCGAGAUAAAUCCAAAGAAAAUCGCUCACUUGGUCGAGGCAUAUGUCAAGAAAUGCCGGAAUAAUAAGAAGAAAGGUACAAAUCCCUUGGGAAAUUUAAUGGCGAAAAAUAUACGACCGGCAAAAAAUUUGUGGAGUUGAUCGCAACGGGUGGACACCUUUUAAUUAAUCGGGGCAGCGAUUUAACUUCAUCAAGAGGAGAAAAUCAUCUGAAUAAUGAUUGAAGCCCGCGAAUUUAUCCGGCAAACCUGCCACACUGUAUUCUGUGUAAAUAUUUCGAGAGGAGUAGGUGGGGAAAAAGAUUCAAUGGAUGCGCAAUAUUUGUAUUUAAUUAUUUUUUACAUUUUUUCUUUGCGUUUCUCGUGAGUGAAUUGAUAACGAGAAAAUAUCGAUGGGGCAUUCAACAAAAUUAUCCCCAUUUUAUCACGAUACUAGACAAAAAAAAAAAACGUUUGUUAGGCUUGUGAGGUGAAUAGCAGUGAGAAACUACGAAAAAUCUUAAUUUACUGAAUGACAAGUGA